AUGGCCCUUGCUGUUUCCAACUUGAUGGAAUUAUGCUAUGGAACCAGAUCCUUUCCUCAGUCGAUCGACCUCCCCGGUGCCUGGCAAGGCAAUCAGUUCUCUGAUGAAUCCGAAUAUGUAUACCAUCUGAACUCUUCUGAAAUCGACGAAGUGAAAAACGCUCUUUUGUACUUCAAAGGCAAGUUCCCUCUUGAUCUUAUGCGGCUCAAUGUUUAUGAAGGAAAAGGGUUUGGACUGGUUCGAGGACUCAACCCCUUGAGCUAUUCUACGGAGGACUUGACUAUGAUGUACCUCGGUAUUCAGUCUUACAUCGCUAACCGUCGAGGUCGGCAGGACAAGAAGGGAAACAUGCUGGUCCAUAUCGUGGCCGAUAACUCUUCUCCAAUUUCUAGUCAGCAUCAUCGGCACUCGACAUCGGAAAUCAUGUUCCAUAACGAGGAAUCCGGAGACAUUGUGAGCUGGCUGACUCGGAGUAACGCAGCUUCAGGCGGGAGAUGCAUUAUCGCUUCAGGAUAUGCGGUAUAUAAUAUCCUGAAUCGACACCACCCCGCAUCUAUCCACCAGCUUUCUCAGCCGAAAUGGGUUUUUGCAAACCAAGAAGGAUAUCCCAGACCGAUCUUCUUCCAACAUCGCAAUAGAAUCAUGAUCAACUUCGGUCGAGUCUCACUAAUCGGCAACGCGAUCCAUCCGCGUCCGGCCCAUCUACCUCGUGUUUCCGUGAAACAGCUCAAAGCGCUUGAAGAUGUUGAACGCGCAGCUACAAAGGUUCAGUUGGAAAUUGAGACGAAGCCAGGUGAUAUUCACUUCAUCAAUAACCUCUUCGUUCUGCAUAAACGUGAUAGCUUCAAGAAUGGGGAUGGGGUUGGGGAGAAGAGGCAUCUAGUGCGUAUGAGGCUUCGGGACGAUGAACUGGGCUGGAAUCUACCGGAGAGUUUGAGAAAGGAGUGGGUAGAUGCGUUUGAGCCAGGCUUGGAUAGGCUUUGGCAUAUUGAUCCUAUGCCGGAAGGAUACUUUCCUUUGAGAUCGUAUCCGAAUUAA